CCGGCACGUAUACAUCUUGCCCUGCUCUCUCAUUCUCUCUUCAUCGAACGCCAAAUCGCUUCCCACCAUGCGCCAGCAAUCGCAAGAGAUAUACAGUAUGUGGGUGGAGGGCAAGGAAGUAGCGGGCAACGCGGAACAAAUUGCGAUUAAGGAUCCUGCAACCGGAGAAAUCAUCGCUAGUUGCCAUGCUGCGUCUACUAAGGAUGUCGAAAAUGCUGUGAAGAUUGCGGAGAAAGCUUUCAGAUCUGGCGUAUGGUCAAAAGCUCCGCGCCAUGUGCGGGCAGACAUUCUAGAGAACAUUGCUGAACUCCUCACAAAGCGCAUGGCGUUCCUGAUCGAACUUGAAGUACAACAGACUGGACGAGCAAUCCGAGAGAUGAAUGCCCAGGUGCCGACUCUCGUAAAGUGGUUCAAGUACUACGCCUCGCUUAUCAGGAUCGAGGAGCGGUCCGUCCUACCGACAAUUGGCAAGCUCCACAACUGGAUCGACCGCAAACCUCUCGGUGUUGUUGCGCAGAUCACGCCUUUCAAUCACCCUAUGCUCAUUGCUGUUAAGAAGAUUGCGCCCGCCUUGGCUGCUGGCAACUCGAUCGUUCUGAAGCCAAGUGAGCUCACGCCACUUACCAGCAUCGAGUUGGGAAAAUUGUUCAAGGAUGCAGGUCUACCGGAUGGUGUUUUCAACGUACUUCCUGGCGAUGGUAUGACCACUGGCAAGGCGCUUGUUGAACAUCCACUCAUCAAGAAGGUCGAUGUCACCGGCGGAACUCCUGCUGGUAGAGCCAUUGGUGCGAUUGCGGGUCGAAACCUUGCUGCUUACACCGCUGAGCUGGGUGGCAAAGCCCCUUUGUUGAUCUUCGAGCAAGCGCACCUUGACCUCGCUGUAAAUGGCGUUGUGUUUGCAAGUUUCAUCGCAAGCGGUCAGACCUGUGUAGCAGCAACACGCAUUAUCGUGCAGAACAGCAUCCUCGAUCAAAUGGUGGAAAAGUUGAAGAGCAAAGUGCAGAGUAUCGAGAAAAGAAUGGGAUCACCGAAGAACGUGCACUCAAUGAUGGGACCUCUGAUCUCUGCAAAGCAGCUGGUCAAUGUUACUACCCUAGUUGAUGAUGCUGUGAAAGCUGGUGUCGAUGUGGUCACAGGCGGUCAGAGGAUGAUAGGAACUUCUUCACUUGACAGCACCGACUUUUCUAAGGGCUACUUCUUCCCGCCUACCAUAUUGAAAGAUAGCGCAACGCAGAAGAUCGUCGAUACAAGAAUCUGGAAAGAGGAAGCAUUUGGACCCGUCAUCGUAAUUGUUGGCUUUGACAAAGAAGAGGAAGCUCUUGAGCUUGCUAACGACAGCGAGUUCGGCCUUGGCGCUGCGGUCUGGACGCAGGAUCUGUCACAAGCCUUCAGAGUCACCGAAGGUAUCGAAAGCGGCAUCUGCUGGGUCAACACACAUCACCGCAACGAUCCUAGUAGUCCGUGGGGUGGCAUCAAGAGCUCGGGUGUGGGAAGUGAGAAUGGCAUCGAUGCAUAUCAUGCAUACACCUCGGCGAAAUCUACCAUCGUCAACUACGCCACAGCAGAAGAAGGGUUGAUAAGCGACGACUGGUUCAGAGAGGGUACUGGUGAAGUCCGGUAUGGUUGAGCUGCCAUAGUGCUGCACAAGAUAAAAUGUGAUACGGUGCCGAAAGAGAUUGAGUCCAUCGUCUCCCGAUUUGCAAGGUCAAGUAGUGUGUCAAUGUCUUAGGUUCCAAAUUCGUGAACUUGCAACACGCAAAGUUGUGCUAUGCACCCCUCUGUACUAAAGAAUAGCACGAAGGAGAAGUUAGUAACAUUGCUAGAGAACCGUAACAGCAAAUAUGAUAUGUUUAAGCUUCAGCAGGAAGGUAAA